AUGCCAGGUUCAAGCAGUAGUGGUGUAAGAGCAACUGCUGCUGGUAGUGGUGCACUUGCCACAAAUUAUGGUGCUUCUACAUCUGUCGGUCCAUCUAGCAGUAGUGGUCAACUUCCAUUAUGCAAUGGUCCAACAGGCACUCAGACAAUUGAGGAACAGAUAAAACAAAUUGAUAGGAUCACAAAAGAAUGCGACAAUUCCCGUAAAAGUCUAGAAGCUAUAAAUCGGAGAUUGGAUGAUUUAACAGAUGAAAUGAGGAGAUAUCGAGAAUUUUUGGGACAUGAAAAAACAAGACGCGUCCCAGCUCUUUAUAAGACAACAAAUGCAGAACCUUUAAGUGUUUACAAUGAAAGUAUAUGCAGAUUAAUAGAUUCAUUGACUUCACAAUUAACUUUGGAAUGGACAGAAAAAUUACGGUCAAUUCAGAAUCAAACGAUUGCCAGAUUUCCAAAUGAAAAGGGUUAAAACACAAAAGAUAUUCACCUAUUUUUUCAUUUUUGU